GCAGCUCCGCCGAUGAUAAUGAUUAUUUUUUUGGCCGAGCUGCUUAUUUCCUGGUUCAACGUCUUGUGCUCUGCAAGCAGCUGACUGGUCACCCCGGGUCUGGCUUAGGAUCAGUUGGUGACGCCGAGGCUGAAGUCAGUGACUUCCUUCGGAUGGUUGUCAAGAAAGGUCUUUAAAACGAAGCUAGGUUCUCAGGAAGAUGAUCGGAGCUUGAAGACAGAUCCAGAGGAAGGGGAGAAGUCACACUUUUCCACCCGCCUUGGUGAACCCCUCAGCAGGGUCUUAAGCCAACAACCCUCUUUUCCAUGAGUGAAUGCAGUGCAGCUUGGGUGGGAGGCUGCUGGCUGCUUCAGGAAGGGUCCAGAUUUUGAGAACUGUCUUGACAAGAAGAUGCUUUGGCUGCCAGCAGUCCAGCCUGCAUUCUUAGGAGCCAGUCUCAGGGAGAAAGUGAACUAGGGCAAUUGACAAGCUCAGCUGGUCUGGUAGAAGCUUCCUCUGAGACUCUUUCAUCCUCCCUGGAGGAAGAUCUGCCUGCACUGCAAGUGUCCACAGGAGGAGCACAUGGUGACAGUGAUGCCGCUGGAGAUGGAGAAGACUGUCAGUAAACUCAUGUUUGACUUCCAGAGGAAUUCGACCUCGGAUGACGACUCAGGCUGCGCCUUGGAAGAGUAUGCCUGGGUCCCGCCGGGUCUGAAGCCUGAACAGGUUCACCAGUACUAUAGCUGUCUCCCAGAAGAGAAGGUUCCUUAUGUCAACAGUCCUGGGGAGAAACUACGAAUCAAGCAGCUACUACACCAACUGCCCCCACAUGACAAUGAGGUUCGAUAUUGUAACUCUCUGGAUGAGGAAGAAAAGAGGGAGCUGAAGCUGUUCAGUAACCAGAGGAAACGGGAAAACUUGGGCCGAGGCAAUGUCAGGCCCUUCCCAGUCACGAUGACAGGAGCUAUUUGUGAACAGUGUGGAGGUCAGAUUAAUGGCGGGGACAUCGCUGUGUUUGCGUCGCGCGCCGGCCACGGUGUUUGCUGGCACCCACCGUGCUUCAUCUGCACUGUCUGCAAUGAGCUCCUGGUGGACUUGAUCUACUUUUACCAAGAUGGGAAGAUAUACUGUGGCCGGCACCACGCUGAGUGCUUGAAGCCGCGCUGUGCCGCCUGCGAUGAGAUCAUCUUUGCAGAUGAAUGCACAGAAGCUGAGGGGCGACACUGGCAUAUGAAACACUUUUGCUGCUUCGAGUGUGAGACAGUGCUGGGUGGCCAGCGCUACAUCAUGAAGGAGGGAAGGCCCUACUGUUGCCACUGCUUCGAGUCCCUGUAUGCGGAAUAUUGUGACACCUGUGCCCAACACAUAGGGAUUGACCAAGGUCAGAUGACCUAUGAUGGCCAACACUGGCAUGCCACCGAGACCUGUUUCUGCUGUGCUCACUGCAAAAAAUCCCUCCUUGGGCGGCCAUUCCUCCCGAAGCAGGGCCAGAUAUUCUGCUCACGGGCCUGCAGUGCCGGCGAGGACCCCAAUGGCUCUGACUCAUCCGAUUCAGCCUUCCAGAAUGCCAGGGCCAAGGAGUCUCGACGCAGCGCCAAAAUCGGCAAGAACAAGGGCAAGACAGAGGAGCCCGUGCUGACCCAGCACAGCCAGUUGCAGGUGAGCUCCAACCUGCUAUCAGCCGACGUGGACCCCCUGUCAAUGCAGAUGGAUCUGCUCAGCCUGUCCAGCCAGACACCCAGCCUCAACCGGGACCCUAUUUGGAGAAGCCGGGACGAGCCCUAUCAUUAUGGAAACAAGAUGGAGCAGAACCAGUCCCAGAGUCCUUUGCAGCUUCUCAGCCAGUGCAACAUCAGAACUUCCUACAGCCCUGGAGGGCAAGGGGCUGGGGCCCAGCCCGACAUGUGGGGCAAGCACUUCAGCAACCCUAAAAGGAGCUCAUCAUUGGCAAUGAAGGGACAUGGGGGCAGCUUCAUCAAGGAAUGCCGAGAGGACUAUUACCCAGGCCGGCUGAGAUCCCAGGAGAGCUACAGUGACAUGUCCAGCCAGAGCUUCAGUGAAACCCGAGGUAGCAUCCAAGUCCCCAAAUACGAGGAGGAAGAAGAGGAAGAAGGGGGCAUCUCAACUCAGCAGUGCCGGACCCGUCAUCCAAUCAGUUCCCUGAAAUACACUGAGGACAUGAUGCCCACAGAGCAGACCCCUCGGGGCUCCAUGGAAUCACUGGCCCUGUCUAAUGCAACAGGCUUCUCCGCUGAAGGUGGUGCCAAGCGCCAGGAGCACCUGUCCCGAUUUUCCAUGCCUGACCUCAGCAAAGACUCUGGAAUGAAUGUCUCUGAGAAGCUGAGCAACAUGGGCACUCUGAACUCAUCGAUGCAGUUCCGGAGCGCAGAGUCAGUCCGCAGCCUGCUCUCUGCCCAGCAGUACCAGGAGAUGGAGGGAAACCUCCACCAGCUCGGCAACCCCAUUGGGUACAGAGACUUGCAGUCCCAUGGGAGGAUGCAUCAGAGCUUUGAUUUCGACGGAGGGAUGGCAGGCAGCAAGCUGCCAGGGCAGGAGGGGGUGAGGAUCCAGCCCAUGAGCGAACGCACCCGGAGAAGAGCUACAUCCCGCGAUGACAACCGCCGCUUCCGACCUCACCGGUCCAGGCGUUCCCGACGCUCUCGCUCGGACAAUGCCCUCCACCUGGCCAGUGAACGCGAGGCUAUCUCGCGGUUAAAAGAAAGGCCCCCUUUGAGAGCCAGAGAGGACUAUGACCAAUUCAUGCGCCAGCGGAGCUUCCAGGAGAGCCUGGGCCAGGGGUCCCGGAGGGACCUGUACGGCCACUGCCCAAGGACUGUGUCAGACCUGGCUUUGCAGAAUGCCUUUGGAGAGCGAUGGGGACCCUACUUCGCUGAGUACGAUUGGUGUUCCACCUGCUCUUCCUCUUCAGAGUCUGACAACGAGGGCUAUUUCCUAGGUGAACCAAUCCCCCAGCCAGCCCGCCUGCGAUACGUCACGAGUGACGAGCUGCUACACAAAUACAGCUCUUAUGGCAUCCCCAAAUCCUCCACACUAGGGGGCAGGGGACAGUUGCACAGCAGGAAAAGACAGAAGAGCAAAAACUGUAUCAUUUCUUAAUAUUACUGGGGUCGAGGGAUGGGGGAAGAUGGGAACUAAGAAUGUAAAUUUAGAAACUUGCACUGUUUUGAAUUUUAAAGUGCUUUGGGGGGACUGAUGGGAGGAAGAGGAGGAAUGCUCUCGGUUGAUGGAGGCAAGGUCACAGAAGGACGCAAAAGGUAGUCACAGUUCUUGGCAUGUUGAAUAUUAUUUGCACAUUUCACUUUGGAAACACUUUAGACUCUCUUGAGGCCAGGGUUGGCCACCUCCUUCCCUCCAAGUCUGUGUUGAGUUGCCACCCAUAAAAUGGCAAAUGUUUCUGCUCGCUUGUACUCUUCUCUAGUUCUCUCACUUUUAGGACCCUUUUCCAGUAAGUAAUUUGUUUAUUAGCCAGGACCCGAGACUAAGUUAUUUACGUGUCCAUUGUAAAUGCAAUGUAAAUGAGAGUUCUGAUAAAAUAUUUUUGUAUUUUGUAAUAUCAAAGGAAUUUCUAUAUCGUAGGACUCAGUGGGGACUUGCAUGCACGUUCAGCAUUGUCUUUGAGUAGUAUUCAAAGGUGGCCCAGGACCACCUUUCUUUUUCCCCCUUUUACAAAUUCGUUACAUGUCAGUCAGGCCUUUUUCAAAGGAGCAUAUUCAAUUUGGCUUUUUGUGGCUGAAAAAAAAUAAUAAUUAACUAUUAUAUCCAAAGCUUUUUAUGCUUCAUUCUCCCUUAAGGAGCUUUCCUUAAGGCUGCUCCCGCUCUUGGUAGAAUUUAUUCUCUACAAAGUGAUAGUAAUUUGUUUUGUUUUGUUUAUUUUCAUUGCAAACUUACCUUUUGCCAAUUAGAGAAACUAACCAGUGUCAGUAAAGUUCUGUGAGAAAUGCCAUCCCUGCUGGGAACACUGAAGUUGCUUACUAUUGAUCUGUCCCUUGGGGAAAAUUAAAGUGACUGUGAGUGGUGCCAUUGUGUGAUGUCAGCAUGACGUUGUUUUGAAUGUGGCAUUAUUUUCUGGUGCUCAUGUUUCCUGGAUUGUAUUAUCUGCUUUCCUUUACCAAGGCAGACGGAACUGCUGCUGCCUUAGCCUGGCAACCAGUUGUCCUCAAAGCAAAUGAACUUAAGCAUUUGGAAUUGAGGGGCAAGAAGGUUCUGGGGGGCUCUGGGAGUGAUGGUGUGUUCUAGGUUGCACAUUUUACGUGGAGAAGGGAAGAGCAAAGCAGUUUGAAAACAGAAAGUGGGUCAAAGGUCAAAGCUGAAGGGAAAUAUGAAGGAAGGUCAGGGACAAGAAGAACUUCUGGAAAUGAACCAGUGGAGAGGUGACAGCCACCUUGACUAGCCCCCAGCGCCUGUAGAAAGAAUCCUAUUUAACAAGCUCAGUAACCGGAAAAUCUGGGUUACUCACAGGAGGUUGAGCUGUGCAGGAGAUUUCAAGGUAGUGAAUUUGAAAAACUGGCUUUGUUGAGAGGGGAACUUCCAUUUGGAAUGUUGAGGACUGUUGGUCAGACAGAAAAUGGGCUCAAAAGUGAGUUUGCUUAAAGAAGACAUUUAACGGUUGUGCUGUUUAUAGUAAAAUAAAACUUCCUACCUUGCUUCAGUUCACAAUGAAGCACUUGCUUUUCUUCCAUCUCCCCCCCCCCCUCAUGGCUUGUGGCAGUUGAAAUAAUCCAUAAGGACCCACCUUUAGUGAGAUGUACUGUCAUUGUAGUACAUGGUGUAUCUCAGUGGCC